AUGGCUAACAAGUGUUAUCAAUGUGGAAAAUUCCUGUCACCAACAGAUGGCGUGAAAUGUUGCAAGUGUAGUUCAGUAUUCCAUCGAGCAUGUACUAACAUAAGCCCUAACUCUCGCAUAUCAGCCAAAUGGUCCUGUCGAAGUUGUACAGAAAAAGGUAAUACAGUGAACCGUAACACUGACAGCAGUAAAACUAAGCCAACUACAUCCACUGAGAGUCCUCUAAGCUUAAAUGUAAAUCCUGCGGAGAAAUACGUAGAUGCAGACAUGGGAGAAACCAGCGCCAAUAUUACCCUGGUGCAGGAAAUAAGACUCCUUCGGCUCGAAAUGGCGACAUCUCGCCAAGAAAUGGCGAAAUUGAACUCAACUAUGAGUGAGUUCAAUAAUAGAAUUAAUAAAGUUGAGGAACGUAUGACCGCUCUGGAGCAACAAGUCUCGAAUCACAAUUUCGAACACGACAGUUCGCAAUUAUUGCAAACCCAAAUACAGCAAUUGAAAGCAGACCUAAGCCGAAGAGAACAGGAGAGUAUGUUAAACGACAUACAAAUCAGUGGGCUACCCGAACAACAGGGUGAAAACCUCAUGCACCUGUGUCAGGUUAUCACAAAUAAAAUUGGCACCGAAAUUGACGCCCGUGAUGUAGUUAGCGCCGAGCGAGUCGGACCAAGGCGAAGCGUAGCACUCAAUGGCGAGCAGGCGCGUCCGAGGCCCGUAGUGGUCAGACUGGCGCGGCGUACACUGAGAAACGAUAUUAUACAAGCGGCACGAGUGCGGCGCGUUAUAGAUACGUCGGGCAUCAUGGAGGGAGCGCCGAAGCGCAUCUACAUUAACGAGCGGUUAACGGCCACCAAUCGACAGCUAUUUCACAGGGCUAAAGAAGAAGGUAAGAAAUGUGGUUGGCGUUACAUAUGGUCAAGAGAUGGAAAAAUAUAUGUGCGACGGGAACCAGGUUCAUCCGCCCACCGAAUUUGGUCUGAUAACGAUAUUAAUAAAAUUUUUGGUGCAAGUCAGGUUGGCACAAAUAUAAUUUAA